AUGGUGAUGGGCCCCACCGUAAAUGUAAUCCUAGGCUCGUCAGCUUUCGCCGUGUUCUGGAUUCUCGCCGUUUUCCCAGCCGUCCCUUUCCUUCCGGUGGGCCGCACAGCCGGUUCUCUCCUCGGCGCCAUGCUUAUGGUCCUUUUCCGAGUCUCCUCUCCCGACCAAGCUUGCGCCGCAAUCGAUCUCCCAAUCCUCGGCUUACUCUUCGGCACAAUGGUCGUUAGCGUCUACCUCGAACGAGCCGACAUGUUCAAGUACCUCGGCAAACUCCUCUCUUACAAAACCCGAGGCCCGAAAGAUCUCCUCUGCCGAAUCUCCCUCAUUUCGGCCAUAAGUAGCGCCCUCUUCACCAACGACACUUGUUGUGUCGUCUUAACCGAAUUCGUGUUGAAAAUCGCCCGUCAGCAAAACCUCCCUCCGCACCCGUUUUUGCUCGCGCUCGCCUCGAGCGCCAACAUAGGCUCGGCCGCCACGCCGAUCGGCAACCCUCAGAACCUCGUGAUUGCGGUUCAGAGCGGGAUCACGUUCGGCGGCUUCUUGCUCGGGAUUUUGCCCGCCAUGAUUGUGGGAGUUUGCGCGAAUGCCGUGAUUCUUCUAUGUAUGUAUUGGAAAUCGUUGUCUGUCGUGCCGAAAGACGAGGAGGAUUUAGGUGAGGAGGUCGUAGUUCGGGAAGAUGACAUCACGUCUCAUCAUUUCACGCCGGCCACGAUGUCGCACCAAGGCUCGUUCGACUCGCAAGAGUUGACCGCAGCAAUCGAGUCGACCGAGUCGAGCCUCAAAAACCGAGUCGACUCGUCCGAGGUGAAUAAUAAUGGCGAGGUUACGGUUAACAUGCACUCGGGUAGGGAUCGUUUGGGCGAGGAGGAGAUUUUCCGGAAGGUUCCGAGCGAGAGGUUGGAAGUCGAGUCGAGGAAGAGUUCGUUUUCGGUUAAUGGGGUCGGGGGCGGGGGAUUGACGUUGUUUGCGGAAGGGAAGUUUGGUUUGUCGAGAAAAUUGACGGGGGCUUUGUGGAAGUCGUGCGUUUACUUGGUCACGUUCGGGAUGUUGGUGUCGUUGUUGAUGGGUCUCAACAUGUCGUGGACCGCGAUAACAGCUGCUCUUGCGCUCAUCGUUUCGUACUCGCUCUUGAUUUUCUUUUGCGGGAUGUUUAUAACCGUGGAUGGGUUUAAUAAGACGGGUAUUCCGAGCACAUUGUGGGAGUUCAUGGAGCCGUAUUCGAAAAUCGAUCAUAUUGGAGGGACCGCAGUUUUGGCAGUCGUUAUACUCAUUCUCUCGAAUGUCGCCUCAAAUGUGCCUACAGGUGAGUCACAA